AUGCCAUUGGCUGCUCUAACUCCAGUACUAAACGAUUUACUUAAUAAAGACGGCGGUUGCUCAUCCUCAUCAUCAUCAUAUCCUCAAUAUUCAUCUCAACAACAACAACCACCACAGCAACAGCAACAACCGAGUUCAACUGAUGCAUUAAAUACGAAUGAUUACCUGCGCAAAGCAUCUAUUGUUGCUAAUCAAUUGUCGUCUUCAUCAUCUAUUGAUGAUAAUCUUCAUCGACAUACAAUGACUGCAGUUAAAUCACACAAAUCAUUAAAACGUGAAGAUUCGUUUUUACAAAAAUUUUCCAAUCGUUAUGGUUAUCGUGGAAUGGGAGCAAUGGAUCCCAUUAAACGAAAUUUUCAUUUAAAUAUGGAAAAAGAUGAACCUAUUAAAUCACGUUAUAAAUUUGUACGACGAAUACUUCGAACUUGUAAUUAUUUUGUUGUAUCAACAGAUGAAUCAUUUUUAUUCUAUUGGUUAAUUAUAUUAAAUAUCUUUGUAUUAUAUAAUCUUUGGUUUUCAAUUGCACGUCAAGCAUUCGAUCCAUUACAAAGAGAUUAUUCGAAAAUAUGGGAAAUUAUGGAUUAUAUAGCUGAUUCAAUAUAUUUUAUUGAUAUUUUUAUUCAAUUUCGUACCGGUUAUCUUGAACAAGGUUUACUUGUUUACAAUCAUUACAAACUUACAAUCAAUUACAUACGUUCUUCUAAUUUUCUACUUGAUAUAUUAUCGUUAACACCAUUAGAAUUACUUCAAAUUAAAUUUGGUUCAAUACCAAUUCUUCGUUUUCCACGUUUUCUAAAAAUUUAUCGAACAUUUCAACUUUAUUAUUAUCAAGAAUCACGUACGGUCUAUCCAAAUACAUAUCGUGUUAUGAAUCUUCUUCAUAUUCUACUUUUAUUGGGACAUUGGUUAGCAUCAUUUUAUUUUAUGGUAUCAAAAGCUGAAGGUUUUGUUGGAUAUUGGUCAUAUCCAAAACCUGUUGGAAAUUUUUCUGAAUUAGCAAGAAUGUAUCUUCGUUGUCUUUAUUGGUCAACAUUAACAUUAACAACUAUUGGAGAUUUACCACCACCAGAAACGAAUUGGCAAUGGCUCAAAAAUUUUUCGAACAAACGUUACGCUUUUCUUAUAAGCGUUCACUUGUUCGCUGUUUUCGUCAUAGCUAUUAUCGUGGGACAAGUUGGAAAUGUUAUUACAAAUCGAAAUGCUAGUCGAUUAGAAUUUGAACGUUUAUUGGAUAGUGCAAAACAAUAUAUGCGUUCACAUAAUGUACCAGCUGAAAUGCAACGACGUGUUCAACGUUGGUAUGAUUAUUCAUGGUCACGUGGUCGUAUGUCGGGUGCUGGUGAUGUUCACUCAAUAAAACUUUUACCAGAUAAACUUAAAACAGAAUUAGCGUUGCAUGUGAAUUUAGGAACCUUAAAAAAGGUAACUAUAUUUCAAGAAUGUCAACCUGAAUUUCUUCACGAUCUUGUUUUAAAAAUGCGUGCAUAUAUAUUUACACCUGGAGACAUUAUUUGUCGCAAAGGUGAAGUUGCACGUGAAAUGUUUAUUAUAGCCGAUGGUGUUCUCGAAGUAGUCAAUGAAAAAAAUGAUGUUCUGACACGUUUGGGUCCAGGUGACUUUUUUGGUGAAAUUGGAAUUUUAAAUAUUGAUGGUGCUAAUCGACGAACAGCUGAUGUACGAAGUGUUGGUUAUUCAGAAUUAUUUUCUUUAUCAAAAGAAGAUGUUCUUGAGGGUUGUCGAGAUUAUCCUGAAGCUGAACGUAAAUUAUAUGAAUAUGCUCAAAAUCGACUUGGUUUUGAAAGAGCAAAAAAAGAAGCAGCAGAAAAAAUGAAAGGUGCAUUUAGUACUUUAACAUCAAUUGCAUCAUGUUUAACACAACAACUAGUAAUAGCACCACCACCACCACCACCAUCAGCAUCACCAAUUCUUACAUCUAUACAAGAAAUAAGUGAAAAAGAUGUAAAUAAUGAUAAUCAACAGAUAUCAUUAUGUCGUUCGAAUCGAGCAAUAUCAUUAAAAUCAAAAUUACAACAUUCACCUCCUACUUUACAAAAUUUUGUCUGUGAUAGUCAAGAGAAACCUUUGCUUGAUCCAAAUAUGUUAUCAUCAGAUUAUUCAUUAGUUCAGUCGUUACGUACAUAUUCAAAUGAUUUGAUAAGUGAUAUUGAAUUAUUAAUUAAUGAUAAAAUACGUUCUGUUCAAGAAUCUUAUCGACAACAAAUUGCUGAAUUACAAGAACAAAAUCAACUUAAAGAUUUACGAAUUGGAUUAUUAGAACAGAAACUACAAAAACUACAGAAAGUAUUAUUCAAUCGAACUAAAAUAUGGUUUGAUGAAGAUUGA